AUGACCUUGGUCAUCGAAGACAGGAACGACUGCAGUCCCGUGUUCGUACCGAACAGAAUUCUACUGAAGAUAUCUGAGUUGUCGCCAGUUGGCACUUCGUUCGUCAUUCCAACCGCCAAUGAUCACGAUGGCUCCAAGUUCUCCGUGCAGAAGUACAAGUUGGAGACUGAGGAUAAAAACGAUUGGAGGAACUUCAACAACGCUUCGCUACCUACGAACACAAUCGUCACGAACGUCGCUCCCGAACUGAAAUUAACGUUGAUGGAAAGGUUGGACCGCGAGCAGAAGGAUGGCUACCAUCUGAGGGUGGUAGCGGUGGAUGGAGGCGAGCUCCCUCUCAGCGGUACUCUCCUCAUAGAAGUCGCCGUUCUUGACGAAAAUGACAAUAGGCCAAAAUUUAAUCGGCCGAUUUAUGAAGCAAACAUAACGGAAAACGCAGCCUAUCAAACAGUUGUGGUACAAGUUUCGGCCACAGACGCCGAUGUAGGAGACAACGGUCGCGUCUUCUAUGGCUUCCCCAGCAAUGGAAUGUCGACGUAUGGUCGCAUGUUUGACGUCAACAACAUCACGGGAGAGAUUCGAGUGAUAAGCAAGUUGGACCGCGAGACAAAACCUGUGCACCAUCUGACGGUGACGGCAGCCGACUACGGAACCAACAGCCUUCCUGUCGAGGUCUCCGUAGUGGUCAGACUCAUCGAUCAGAACGAUAACGAGCCGAAGGUUGCUUUUAGAAAUGUCGCCGAAGCCAGCAACGCUGAAACCACAAAAUUAUGUACGUUCUUGGGUCACGUUAUGGUAGAUGAUUUGGACGAGGGGGUGAAUGGACAGUUCAACUGCAGUCUGGACAGCAAGUAUGCCGAUGGUUUUGCUAGGUUUGGUCAAUCCAGUGCUCUGCAAAGUUUGGAUAGGGAGGAGAAGGAUCUGUACGAGUUUCGUGCGGUUGUUGUCCAACAAACCAUGACGAAGCUGUCUUCAACCUGUCAAGUGACGGUUAGGGUUGAAGACGAGAACGAUUGUGGACCGAUCUUCUCGAAGAAUGAGUUCAUAUUCACAAUGUUUGAAGAAAACCUGCCUGGCACUGAAAUUGGAACUGUAUAUGCGUUUGACAAAGAUGAAUACCCAAAUAAUCAGAUGCACUUUGAAUUAAUCAGUGAUGAAUUUAUUGUCGACGAUAGGGAUGACAUUGUUUUUCGAAUUGAAAAAAGUUCAGGAAAAAUUUGGACCGAAUCCGUUCUGGACCGAGAAUUGAAGAGCGAUUACUAUUUCAAAGUGCUUGUGAGAGAUCUCAACAACUCGACCAUCACCAACAUUUCCACGGUCCUCAUAAAGCUGAUCGACAUCAACGACAACUCUCCAGUUUUCAGAUUCCCCAACAAAACGCACCACCACAUCUUGGUCUACGUCCCU